AUGAACUCUCUAAUUAUUCUCUCCUCAAUUAUCUUUGCUUCUUCAAUCGAAGCUUCCGAAUUCUGGAUUUCUGCUCAAAUCGAAUCAGUCAAAUGGCAAGAAGGAUGUUUAACAACUGCACUUUGCACUCAACCACGUUUUCAAAUAAUCGAAGAUCUUCUUCCAAUUUCUGAAAGAUCUUCGAUUUCGUGGCCAGUCGCUGAACAACUCAAUCAACGACAAUUUGUGAGUUAUUGGCCAAAUGGAAGAGUCGAAGAUAUUUCAAUCAGUGCACAAGUUAUUGGAGUUGAUAGAACUUAUGGUUUUCCAAGAAUCUGCGAUCAAACUCCAGCUGUUCGAAUUUUCCCAGAAGAUAUCGAAAUUAUGGAUUUGGAUAAGGAAAUCAAUCUUAAUAAUAAGACAAUCCACAUCAAGGCAAAAUGCUUCGAUGCAAUCAUUACUUUGCAAAAACAUGAAAGAUGUCCAUGGUGUCAAGAUCCAUCAGAAAUCGAGAUCUCAAACGAGAUUCCACAGGUUAGUUAAACUUUUUCUAUUUUUUGAAUAUCUUUUGUAAUUUUCUUUUUUUUCAGGAGCUCAUCUUCUCUGAGAAAUUCUCAUCAGCUGAAAAUCUCCAAAUCUCAGUCGUCCUUUUGGCAAUGUUUGCAGUCUUGCUCUCAACAGCCUUCGCAAUUCUUCUCAUUUGCUACAUCAAAACCAAAAAAUCAUAUUCUCGCAAGAAUCAAAAUAUGAUUAUCAAUGUUCAACCAAAACUCAUUCCAUAUGAGCAAUAUACUUAUUCCAAUUCUUCAAGACAUCCAUGGAGUUUCACUAAUUCGACAUCUUCAACCGCUUCAACUAUUCCACCACCACCUUCUUUUCCACCACCGGUCUAA